AUGGACGACACCCAGUUUGCGACCCAAUACCCCUCCUCCUACUCGACGUUUGACCUCGACAUGAUGAAGCGCUCCAUGGACGCCGUCGGUGGUCCUGACGCGAAAAAGGCGCGCUGGUCCCCCACGUCGUUCGCCAACGGCAACCCGGUAACCCCGUCGACGCAGGAUGCGUUCGCCAACUACGGGUACGGGCCGCAGGCGAGCAUCUCGCAGCAGCAGCAACAUCCCCUCAGCUACCCGUCCGGGGGCUCGCCCGGCAACACCUACAGCGGGAACCACCUCUACACGACGCCGACGCUCACGAUCAACACGCAGUCGAACGGGGUGAACAUGGCGUCGCAGCUGAGCCCGAACACGGCCGCCUUCGGGCAGCCGCAGACGCCCAACCCGGGCGGCCAGCCGAGCCCGAACGGGAACUACAACUUUGGGAUGUACAACAUGCUUGGGAUGGGGAUGCCCGGGAUGCUUGGUGGCUUUUAUGGCUCGCAAAUGGCGAGUUUCCCCCAGUCGCCAUACUCUCCUGUCGCGUUGUCAGCGGCCCUCGCCGGCGGCGGAAACCAGCCGAUCCAACGCACCGUCUACAUUGGCAACCUCCCCUCCUCCGCCUCCGUCGACGAGCUCCUCAACCUUGUCCACUUCGGGCCACUCGAGUCCAUCCGCGUCCUCCCCGACAAGUCCUGCGUCUUCCUCUCCUUCCUCGACCAGCAGACUGCCAGCCUCUUCCACGCCGACGCUACGGUCAAGAAGCUCACGCUCCACGGCCAGGAGCUCAAGAUUGGCUGGGGCAAGCCCAGCACGGUGCCGCAGCAGGUGACGCUCGCGAUCCAGCAGAGCAACGCCAGCCGUAAUGUGUACCUGGGUGGCCUCGACGAGGGGUUGACGGAGGAGUUGCUGCGUAAGGACCUGCAGCGCUUCGGCCUCAUCGACCAGGUCAAGAUUGUCCGCGACAAGAACAUUGGGUUCGUCCACUUCCUUAGCAUCAGCACCGCGACGAAGGUCGUCAACACCCUCCCGACGGAGCCCGCAUGGGCCGGCAAGCGCGUCAACUACGGCAAGGACCGCUGCGCGUACGUGCCCAAGUCGCAGCAGGCCGCCGCCCAGAACGCGCAGGCGUUCGCCGCGCAGACGAUCGUCGCGAACCAGGCGAUGAACUCGCCCGCGAGCGCCGGCUUCUACGGCGGCUUCAACGCGCCCGACCAGGGCAACCGCACCGUGUACAUCGGCAACAUCCACCCGGAGACGACGACGGAGGAGCUGUGCAACGCGAUCCGCGGCGGCAUGCUGCAGACGAUUCGGUAUAUGCAGGACAAGCAUAUCGCGUUCGUGACCUUCGUGGACACGACCGCGGCGUACACGUUCUACAACGUGUCGACGUACCAGGGCCUCACGCUCAACAACCGCCGCCUCAAGAUUGGCUGGGGCAAGAACAGCGGGCCGCUGUCGCCCUCGCUCGCCGUCGCCGUGCACUCGGGCGCCACGCGCAACGUGUACAUCGGCAACAUCGAGGACUUCGAGACCUUCACCGAGGAGCGCCUCAAGCGCGACUUUGGCGAGUACGGCGAUAUCGAGCUGGUGAACUUCUUGAAGGAGAAGAACUGCGCCUUCGUCAACUUUACGAACAUCGCGAACGCCAUCAAGGCGAUCGAGGGCAUCAAGAACAAGCCCGAGUACGCGAACCUGCGCAUCGCGCACGGGAAGGACCGCUGCGCCAACCCGCCGCGCUCGGGCCCGCAGGGCGGCGCGGGCAAGCACCACAACCGCCACGGGCACGGCCACGGGAACAACCACCAGGGCGAGGGCCUUCCGCCACCCGAGAUCACCGUCAAGGAGGAGUUCACCACCAUCAAGGAGGACACGCUGAAGGAGGAGCCGGCCGCCGCGGGCGUCGUCGCCGCUGCAUAA